AUGUCAUUAGUAUGUUCCGACAUAAAUGAUAAACCUUUUUCAAGUUCUCUGUUUGACAGUGACACUACCAAAAAAUCUCGGAAUCUCAGUGAAAAGAAACGUCGUGAUCAAUUUAAUUCAUUGGUAAAUGACUUAAGCGCUCUUAUAUCAACAACCAACCGUAAAAUGGAUAAGUCGACUGUACUAAAGUCAACGAUAGCAUUUCUUAAGCAUCACAAUGAGGCCACUGAUAGAUCGAAAGUGUUUGAAAUACAGCAAGACUGGAAACCAUCUUUCUUAACCAACGAUGAAUUUACACAUCUAAUGUUGGAAUCACUGGAUGGUUUCAUUAUAGUUUUUAGCAGUAGAGGUUCCAUAUUUUAUGCAUCCGAAAGUAUUACCUCCUUACUAGGUUAUUUACCAAAUGAUUUAUUAAAUAUGACCAUAUUUGACUUAGCCUAUGAAACGGAUCACGAAAGUCUGCUUAACAUAUUUCUAAAUCCAAAGCCUGUAAUAGAACCACUGCAGACUGAUAUCAAUUCCUGCAAUCAGAUUACAUUCUAUGUCCAUCUUCGUAGAGGUGGCAUUGAAAAGGUUGAUGCCAACGCAUAUGAAUUAGUAAAGUUUGUGGGAUAUUUUAGAAAUGAUGCCAAUGUAGAUAAUAUGCCAACGCCAAAUACUCAAACACCACCAAGAAUAUUUCAAAUGAAUCCUGGCGCAGAGGUUGACAAGAAACUGAUUUUUGUUGGUACCGGACGUAUACAGACGCCGCAAUUAAUACGUGAAAUGUCUGCCAUUGAUCCAACCAGAAAUGAAUUCGUUUCGAAGCACAGUAUGGAAUGGAAGUUUUUAUUUUUAGAUGAUCGAGCGCCACCUAUCAUUGGUUAUAUGCCAUUUGAAGUGCUGGGAACAUCAGGCUAUGAUUAUUAUCACUUCGAUGACUUGGACAGCAUAGUGUCGUGCCAUGAAGAACUUAUGCAAAGAGGUGAAGGCAAAUCGUGUUAUUACCGCUUUCUUACCAAAGGCCAGCAGUGGAUUUGGUUACAAACAGAUUUCUAUAUAUCCUAUCAUCAAUGUAACUCAAAACCUGAUUAUGUUGUAUGUACCCACAAAGUAGUUAGUUAUGCAGAUGUGAUAAAGCAAAAUAAAUUGCUUGCAAAAAAUAACAUACUUGCUAAAUCUUUAAAUGACUACUCUAAUUGA